AUAUAUAGCGUGAAUAAAUCCCGUCAAUGUAGUGAAUGUACUCUAUUGGUACUUGUUAGCCCAGCGCACUCUGUCUAUCCAGCUCCGUGUUUCUCCCGUGCCCCGUUCCGUCUCAUACUCUCUCUUGUGACACUGUUGGUUAAGUGACCUGAGUUAUUCUGACCAGUGUUAAAGAUGUCAGUCAUGUCACCUCAGAGAGCACUACUCCUCAUCCAUAGGAAUAUGAGAAUUCGAUCAGGAUGGAGCAAGCACCUUCUGAGUGGUCCAUCUACUCUUCCCUACCAUCCCUCUGGCCCUUGCAUUCCUCGGCUGGCCCUUGUCAGCAACCCUGUCCGUGCCCUGUCGUCUGAAGCCCCCACUGGGCCAGGCUGGGGCACGCCGACGGCAGACAACGAUCGGUAUGAUAACCUUCACGUCACCUUCAGGGACGGUGUGCGUACUAUCACUUUCAACAGGCCUGAAAAGAAGAAUGCUCUUACUGAGAAGAUGUUUGCAGAUGUUGUUAAUGCCUUAGAAGAAGCUGCCAAGGACCCAGACACUGUAGUGACGGCCACCACUGGAGCCGGUAAUGUUUUCUGUGCUGGGAAUGAUAAGACAAACUUUCAAAACUUGACAAUGAAGCAAGUACAAGAACUCCUGACCAGACACAUGGCAGCUUUUAUAGACUUCCCCAAACCUCUGAUAGCUGUAGUGAAUGGGGCUGCUGUUGGGGUGGGUACCACUCUUCUGCCUCUCUAUGACUUGGUGUAUGCGAGUGAGAAGGCUGUAUUUUUCACACCAUUCUCAAGCUUGGGCAUCACUUUGGAGGGAUGUUCCAGCUUUACCUUCCCACGAUUCAUGGGUCAGGCAAAGGCUUAUGAAAUAUUGAUGUUCAACAAACUGGUGACAGCAAAAGAAGCGUAUGAUCUUCACCUUGCUACUAAAGUAUUUCCUGCUUCUAGUCUUUAUGAAGAAGUGUGGCCUCGUUUGCAGACCAUGGCAAAACUCCCGCAGAAGUCGCUGAUCUACAGCAAAGCUCUAACUAGGGAUGUGAUUAAAGACAGACUACACAAGAUUAAUAUUGAAGAGUGCAAGAGAGUGACAGAAUGCAUUAUGGUAGACAAGGCAACUAAAGAAGAUUAUGAUAAAUAUAUUGCUGAGAAUUUCUAAGUUGAUGAAUCCAUUUGAAGUUAAAUGGUUAAUCAAAAUAGUUCUUUCAAGUGCUGUACAUAAUGAGGAGAUUGUGAGUAAUUAUUUUCAAAAGCAUGUGUGUAUGAAAACUAUUUAUCUCCACAGCAUAAGUAAUAUUUUUUAUAAUGGAAAUGUAGGACUCAAAGAAAGACUGUUUGGUGUUCAUGCAACACAGUAUGAGUGUAAAUAUAAGAAAUAGCAUAUAUAUUAUCUAUUUUUGAUGGUAAAUUAGUUGGUAGAUACCAUUGCAUUUUACCUUUUGGAAAUUAAGUGUGUUUGUUCAAUUUUAUAAAUUUUACUAAAAGCCA